UUUAACCAUUUUCCCUUCUAAAAAAAAGCCCAUAUAACUCCAAUUGUUUGUCGGGAAGUUGCAGGAGGAAUCGAUCGUUCAUGAAUAAUAAUGGAAGAACUGAAAAAAGAUGAUUUGCUGAGUGAAAUAAAGCAAAUAGAAGAAAAAAUUGAUGGUGAUUCCACUGCGCAGAAGAUAUUAUGGCUUCUGGAAACGUCCAAGGUGGGUGCUGAAGUUGUGUCUCUUUCGGCCCUUGACAACCAAGAAUCUGAACUCCAAUCUAGGUGCAUCUUAGAACAUGCUAAAUUGCAAACUAAGGUUGAUGAGUUUGAGGAGCUACUGCAAAAAGGCAAAGAGGUGAAGUUCUCUGAAAAUUUGGACCAUACUUUUCGGGACUCCACUGAGAAGCUUGAUUUCGCAAAAAGGGAACUUGCAGCUAAAUUGAGGUCCACUCUGUCAUUUAAACGACAGCUCGAUGAUGUGCCAUCACAAGCUGAACUCAUUCAGUAUGAACUCCGAUUGUCAGAACUUUACACUCAUAUCCAGGGCAAGGAUCGUCAAACCCGUAAAUACUAUGCUACUUACAAUACAUUGUUGGGGAUAAAAGAAUUGAUGCUAAAGGAAACAUCAUUACUGAACUCCAUACGCUCACAGUUCAAAGAUGCUCUUACUAGCCCUGCUAGUCGAAAGAAACUAAUUGAUUCCAUGGAAGGAAUUAUGCACGGGACUCAACAGGGCACGUGUAAACGACUAACAGACGCCAGAUUGAAAGGAGAACUAGGGACGCAAAGGACAUAGUCUAGAGUGACAGAAGAUAAAGGUAUGACUUUUCCAACCCCUUUUUGUUUUGUUUGUAUCCUAUUGGCUAAUGUAAUAGCAGGAAGAGAUUGUGAAUAAACAAUAUUUGACAGAAGUGAUUUGUUAUAAGAAAUAUGAUCAAAAGCUCCCGAGUCCCCGCAACAACAUCAUGUUGAACAACCGAAGCUACUCGUGGAGAUGUUUGCUUACUUGCUCAAUAUUGAAGAAAUUCAUCAUAUUCUGAUUAUGCAAUAUGAGCAUUAUAGGAUGGUCGAUCAGGCGGAGCAACAAAUGCUUCUUGUGGAGAUUUCUGCUUACUUACACGAUUACAAAGGAACUCAUUAUAUUCCUUUAGAACAACAGAAUCAUAAUUGGGUGGUGGACCAUGUAAAUAUGACAUAUGUAACGAGUAUGUCCAAACUUAUGACAAUAACUACACUUGGAUCGAUGUUUUCCAAGACGACCUCCUCCUCGGCGAGUCUCCAUAGAUGGAUAUGCUCGUUUUUCUAUGGUUUGAGAUGUGAGAGCAAAUGAGUCAAUGGUCGGUGAUGAAACUACUUUGUGGCUGGGAGAUGCGGCUAGACGAAGUAGACGAGAGAAUAAUCCAUCAACUGUAGGAAUUGUAGGACUAGCUAAAAUCUGAUCACGCAUUGAAUCAUGGUCAGUAGGAAGUGUAGCAAGUGUAAGUACUAGAAACAAUGUUUGUCUAUGUGCUUGUUGUUGUUGAACGUCCGUGGUGACUGACAUCAAUGUUUCAAAUUCCUCCAUGACUUCCUGUACUUAUCCCAAGUAGGUGGAGAUAUCUGAUUCUUCUUUCUUUAAGUUGGUCAUACGAUAUAUCACAUCAUAGAAUCGAGGUAUAUCAUUAGUGUAUAAAAGCACGAGCCUUAUCCUACACUGAAUGACAUGUUUGGAAUGGACGGAACAAGCGCAUCAACUUAAAAUCAAUUGAUCGCCAUAAGAGACUACAUAAUUGUGCAUCAACUUUCUCCCAUUGUGCUUUGGCUUUUACAUCUUCCCUACUACCUUAGUCUUUUCAUCGACAACACAAGCAAUGUUCGUUAAGUGAUCUUGGACACCUUGACCCUUGCACCACAACUCAAAUGAGGUUGCUUGUGUGGCCAAAAACUGGAUUUUUUUUCUUUUUUUUUGAUCGUCGGAAUCUGGUAGAUCUGAUCGCUGAAUGUUGGUCAGAAUCGAAAAAAAAACAUAUGGUUAGCCUUGGAAUGAAGAGGCGAUCCAGAUGGAAAAACAAUUAGCGAAAAACUGGUCAGAAGGUGUCUCACGCGCCGGCGCGUGGAUCUGAAAACUCGUUGGAGAAAUUCUUCCGGCGGCACGUGCGACACUGUUUUCCGGCUGGUAUGACUGGGUUUUGGUCGUCGGGAUGUCCUCACCUAGUGGUGGUGUUAAUUUUUGAAAAAUAGUGACGGAAAAUAUUAAUUACCCGGACAGGUUCUAGGUUAUCGGAAAAAUUGGACAGUGUGAUAUUUUAUUUUAUUAUUUUUCUCACAAUUGCUCUGAUACCAUGUGAGAAAUAUUGAAGGAGAAUAUUAUUGAAUUGUUUUAAUUAUUACAUAGAGGACCCUAUUUGUAGACAAUACAAUACAAUUCCUUACCAAAUAGGAGACUAUAAACUAUUCUUAUUCUGUGUAUACCUAUUCUAUUUAACAGAUAUAUCAUAGUAUACCAAAAUUCUGUACUAUUGUACAUCACAUGGUAUUGUGGAACAUCAUUUAUCUCUAUUGUGACAAAUAGUAGAGGCGAUGCUUUUUGUAACAUUAAAUUAAAAAUGUUUAAAACUUCUUACACAAGAAAACUGCUCCCUCCGUUUCAAAACAUUUGCAUUAUUUCCUUACUAGUUUGUUUCAGAAAGAAUAACAUGUUUUUAAAUUUGGAAAUUGUAUAACUUGAGCUUUCCAUUUUAUCUUUUAUGACUACAUGAAGUGUUGUGGCAUGUUUAAGACUACAAAUUUUUAAAUAUCUUACCACCAUUUGAGAAAGAACAAUAAUAAUCACAUGUUGGACCUGUGCUCAACAUGGACAUCAACUCAUCUAUCAUUUUACUAAGUGAUGGUGGAUCGUAAAUAAAAAUUGCUUGCAAGAUCUAGAAUAGUCUCCGGCUAUGCUUUCACAAAGUAUAGCCACUUCAACUUGGAAAAAGUAGAAGAGGUGUUGUAGAUUAACAAGAGCACGGGCAUCAACCCACUUAGUAUUCUACGAAGUGAUGGUAGAUCUCUAAUAAAAAUUUGUUUGCAAGAUCUAGAAUAAGCUUUGCCUAUACUUUCACAUAGUAUAGCCAGUUCCUAACUUGGAAAAAAUAGAAGAGGUGCUGUAGAUUAACAACUGCCGGAAAAUAACAUAAUUAUUGUGAAUCGGCUGGACACUUAGAUACAAAGAAUUCAUUUAUUAGUGGAAAUUGAUAUUUAUUACUAAAUCUGGUGCGAAAAAAGAAAAAAGAAUAAACAAGCAAGAUUACUUCAUAAUGGAUUGAUUAUUAUCAAUGUAGAAGAGAGGCUCCUUAUAUUGUCAUUUUAAUUAUAUAAUAUGCUAGGUUAUUAUUCUUUAUGCCUAUUUAGUGAUUAUUUUAUAAGAAAACACACAAUUUACAUUAUUAAUGUUCUUUACUACGUAAUUUUGUAUGUAAAAUAAUAGAGUGUUUUAGUUUUAAUGA